CCGUCACCGCCUUUGGUCACCGCAAUUAAAUGUCAUUCUGAUAUUCUGUCCUCAUACCAAUCCGUCAAAUAUUAGGCCAAACUGUUUUAAUUUAGCAAUAUUUUAGUAGAUUGUUUUCAUUCUGUUAUAAUUUCAUUACAAUGGUAUUCGUUACAGCUGUGUUCAGACGUAUCCCUGUAAUAAAAUUCAGGAAAGGAGGCACUGGCGGCCCUGGGGCGUCCGCGGCAGCAUCUGCCCCGUCGCCCGCGGCUGCCUCGGCCGCCGGGGCUGCUCCCCAACAAACUCAGACCAUGAGCACAAGUGCUAUCCCUGACAUAGAUCUUCCACUUCGGUACCAGAGACAACCCAUUUCUGAGGAGGAAAUUGCUCACAUCAAUGGAGGCGGAAUUGUUUAGUGCAUUAUUUUUUACAUUAUUGUAGCAGUAACUAGUAAUGUAGAGCUUUAGAUAACACUAGUAUUAUUUAUUUAGUUCAAAGUGCUUUUUUCUUUAUUUUUCUGAUUUGGGUUAACAUCUCCUUAUUCAUUAUCGCAUUUAAGAACUUUUUUCAUAAUAAUUUGCCUCUGUUUGUAAGUAAGAUUAAUUGCUUAACAAGAAGACAAGAAACCAUAUAUCUUGUUUGCAUAUUACUCAAAUAGUCUUUACAACAAGGCAAAAGAUUAUAUGUGUAUUGAAUUUUUCAAUUUGAUUCAAAUAUUGAUGGAUUGAUCAAAAUAUAAUUUUGCAAGUCAAUCAAUGACAUCUACAAUCAAUUUGAUUUCAAACAUUCAAUAUUAUGCUCUGUAAGGUGAUUUUUGAGUACACAGUACCUACAACUUAUCUUACUCUACUUUUUUUCAUUUUCUCACCACUAAUUAAAUUGUGAAAUAGGUUUAAUCAUACACCACUAAGAGUUGGUCUGUUAAUAAUGUACCUACUGUUGAUAGUUAUGAUUUAAAUUAAAUUUUUAAUAGUUA